AUGCAAAAAAAUUUAGACUCGAAUUGUUUAUCAAUAGAUAAUCAAGAAAUUAUCACAAGAAGCCCUAGUCCAACGCCAUUGCGUACGAGCAGUUUGAAUCGCCUUCUAGUAACAGAUAAUGCUUUAUUAAAUAAACCGAUACAUACUAUUAAACUUUGUGAGAAUUCCAUAUUAUCUUUGGCAUGUAGUAAUAAAUAUUUAUUUAGUGGUUCACAAGGUUCUUGUAUACAGGUAUGGGAUUUAAUCAAUUUUCAACAAGCAGGAGCAUUGAAAGGUCAUACUGGAAGCAUAUUGUGUUUAAGUUUAUCCGACGAUCAAUCAAUGUUAUUCAGUUCAUCAGGUGAUGGAACAGUUAGAAUUUGGAAUGCAGAUGCUUUAAAAUGUCUUUAUGUGAUACAAUCAAGCCAAGAUGUUGGAGAUAUUUUUUCAGUUGUUUACUCUGAUAAAUUAAAGACCUUGUACAUUGGUUGUCAAAAUACAAGUAUCCAGAGAUUUGAUCUUUCAAUUAGGGAAACUUUCCAAACACCACAUCUUCCAAAUAUUCAUAAUUAUUCAAAAUUCUUUGAUUCACUCCUGAAUACUAGUAAUAACGGCAACUGUAAUGGCGAUAUUGAAGAUGUGCAAAUCAACUUUGCUGAGGAUGAAAAACAAGGGGUAAAGAGAUAUGAGAUUUGUGAUGAUAUGAUUUAUCUUAAUAGUCAUAAUGGAUAUGUUUAUGCUUUAGCAUUAGGUGCAAAUCAAGGUGGUGACAUAUUAAUAAGUGGUUCUGGUGAUGGAGAUAUUAAAAUUUGGUCAAUUAAAAAAAGUUCAAUGAACUUGUUAAGAGUGUUGGGAAGCACUGAUGCUAGUAUUUUAACAUUAGCAUUGCAAGAUGAAUUAUUGAUAUGUGGUACACAAGGUGGAGAUAUCAAAAUUUAUGAUUUAGAAACUUAUCAGCAUAUUAGAUCAUUAAUGGCUCAUAAUGAUGAUGUUUUGGCAUUAGCUGUUGAUGAUAAUAAUUUAUAUUCUGGAUCUGCAGAUGGAACUAUUAAAUUCUGGGACUUGUCAUCUACAAUAACACUUGAGCCCCAUGACUUAUCAGAGUUUCCUAGUUCAGACUUAAUGAUUUAUGCGUUGUCAAAAUGGAUAUCAUUACAAACCAUCAGUGGAAAUUCUAAAUAUUCAGAAGAAUGUUUACGUGGAGCAAAAUACUUAAAAAGUAUAAUGGAACAAUUGGGAGCAAAUUCUUCUAUAAUCCCAGGAGGACCUGGACAGAAUCCUUUGGUUUUUGGCAGAUUUCUUGGAAAUGAAAAUAAAUCUAAUAAAUUAAAUAUUUUGGUAUAUGGUCAUUAUGACGUCAUUGCUGCUGAUGAAACUGAAUGGUCUUCAAGUCCAUUUAAAAUGUCUGGUAAAGAUGGUUAUCUUUAUGGAAGAGGUGUGACUGAUAAUAAAGGACCAAUGCUUUCUGCAAUAUUUGCUGCAAGUGAAUUGCUACAAGAAAAAAGGCUUGAAGCAAAUGUAUCCUUUUUGAUAGAAGGCGAAGAGGAGAAUGGAAGUAAAGGAUUUUAUGAAGCUGUUGAACAAUCCAAGGACCUAAUUGGUGAAGCUGAUAUUAUAAUAGUUAGUAACUCUUAUUGGUUAGAUGAUGAAACACCUUGUCUAACUUAUGGAUUACGUGGAAUUGGUGGAGCAGUAUCUGAGCCAUUAAAAGAUAUGAUUAAAAUACUCUCGAAACUUGUACCAAAUGAUAAUAAGGUUAUGAUACCAGAAUUUUAUGAUAAAGUUAGAGAAGUGACAACAAGUGAAAAAAAAAUAUAUGAAUCAAUUAUUAAAUCAAUCAAUAGGAGUAAACUACUAUUCAGUAAUGAAAACAAAAAUUUGAGAGAUUCGUUGAUGUUGAGAUGGAGAUAUCCAUCGCUAACCAUACAUAAGAUAGAUGUAAGUGGACCGAUUGGUAAUACAACAGUCAUAUCACAUAAAGCAGAAGCUAUACUAAGUAUGAGGAUUGUACCAGAUCAAAAUAUAAAUGACAUAAUUAAAAAUUUUCAAAUAUAUGUAAAUGAAAAUUUUGAAGAGUUGAGAACUGAUAAUUGUUUAAAGAUUACUAUAAAUAAUAUGGCAGAUUGGUGGUUAGGUGAUCCCGAAAAUAAGUAUUUUAAAGCAGCUGAAGAAGCAAUUGAACAAGAAUGGGGCAUAAAACCAUUAUAUAUAAGAGAAGGCGGAUCAAUUCCAGCAGUAAGCUGGUUAGAAAAAAGAUUCAAUGCAAUAACUAUAAAUUUACCAAUCGGUCAGAAAGCUAUUUAUAAAAGCAAAGAUUCGAUCAAAGAUAGAAUUCUUAUGCAAGAAUUAAAAUAUAAUUCAAAUUUUAACAAGAGAUUAGCACCAUGCAAAAAUUCUUUGGCUGGUUAA